AUGGCAUCUGGAAGAAAGCACCUACUCAAAGUAAUCAUCCUCGGAGACUCAGCGUAAUCUUUACUUAGUGUUGGCAAGACUUCGCUCAUGAACCAAUAUGUUAACAAAAGGUUUACUCAGCAAUACAAAGCUACGAUCGGUGCUGACUUCUUAACAAAAGAAAUCAUGAUUGACGACAAACUGGUCACUCUUCAAAUCUGGGACACAGCAGGCCAAGAGAGGUUUCAGAGCCUUGGAACUGCGUUUUACCGUGGAUCUGACUGCUGUGUGCUGGUCUAUGACAUAACAUCAAGUAAAAGCUUUGAAUCACUUGGGUCAUGGAAAGAAGAAUUUUUGUCUCAGUCCAAUGCUAGAGAUGCUGAAAAUUUCCCAUUUGUGGUGCUAGGAAAUAAAGUUGACAAAGAAGAUGAAAGAAAAGUGCCAAAUGCAAGGGCUAGCCAAUGGUGUAGGGAUACAGGGAACAUGCCAUUCUUUGAGACCUCAGCCAAGGAUGCUGUCAAUGUUGACGAUGCUUUUAUGAUGAUUGCAAGAAAUGCAUUAUCACAAAUAAAAACAGAAACUUCAGAGUAUAAACCACCAAUUGAUUUAAGCAAAAAGAAAGAGAAAAAAGAGAAGCAAGCGUGCUGCUAA